AUGCAUAUCGCAUUUGCAGUAUUUUUUGUUUUAAUUCCUUAUGUUGUUAGUUAUCCAUCAUUACGUGAAGUUUCCGCAAUAAAUGAUGAAGAUAAUAAUAACGAUUUAGAAUUAGAACUUCGUUCAAUUUUAAAUCAUCUUGAUAAUGAAAAAGAAGAACGAACUCUUACAUCAGUUGAAGAUGAUUCGGAUGAAAAUGAAAAUGAAAUGAUUAAACGACAAGGUGGUUAUAAUAUGAUUAAACCAGAUCUUAAAUGUGAAAUUGAAUGUGUUGGAAAUAUGCGAGAUCCAACUUCAGAUCAAAUCAAAAUGUCAAUUAAAGAUGCAACCAAGAUUUGCAAAAAUAUCUGUACGAAAACAAAUAAAAAACGUGAACAAAAAAUAAGUUUUGAACAACGAAAAGAAGAAAAUCAUGAAAAGAAUUUACGAGAAUUUACUGAUGAUGAUGAUGAAAAUAGCAAUAGCAAUGAAAAACAACUUAGACAAUUUUCAGAUUAUCUUAUGGAACAAUUACAACUUAAUCAUAAACAAUAA